UUAGCUCUGAUGCUGAGUCCAGAAAGUUCUGCACUUUGGGUGUAGCGUUCGUGUCAUAAUCAACUGUUUCUAGCUUUCACCCCUCAUUUUAUUUCUGAUUCUGGACAACGAGCUCAAGGGUAUUUUUUGGAGGAGCCAUCAACACGAUGCCUCGGUACUACUGUGACUACUGCGAUACCUAUUUGACCCACGAUUCUCCAUCUGUUAGAAAACAGCAUAACGCGGGUUACAAACACAAGGCGAAUGUGAGGUUGUAUUAUCAACAAUUUGAAGAGCAACAAACCCAAAGUUUGAUUGAUCAAAGAAUCAAAGAACAUCUUGGUCAAGCUGCGGCAUUUCAGCAGGUUGGUGUGGGUUAUAAUCAUUUAGUGGUUCAGAGGCCAAACCUUCCUCCUGUAUUGCCACCACCAAGAUUGCCUAUUCCUGGUACUCAAGUACCUGGAAGUCAACCACCAAUGCCGGGUGUCAGACCUCUCUUGCCUAGACCGGUUCCUGGUGCACCAGGAUAUGUUUCUGCACCAACCAUGCCACCAAUGGUUCCUCCACCUGGUGCUCCCCAGAUACCAGGUCAACUAAAUGCUAUACCAAGGCCCCCUUCAUUAGCUCCCCCACCAACAGUUCCUGGAAGCACUGCAGCACCAGCUUCCAAUGGUGCUCCCUCUAUGGUAUCAUUGGCAAUGUAUCAAGCUAAUCCGUCCGCACCAGCAUCUGGAGGUUAUGAUAAUUACAAUGCUAAUGCUCAAGCACCUGAUGGCAAUCACUGACCUGGUCAAACUGUUCUCUGGGGCAUCAUUCUAUCUCUGUCGGAGUCUUAUGACUAGAACUAUUUCUACUCUCCCUGCCAGCUGUAGUCAAAUGAGGACUCUCACUUGCCAUGUUUGGUCAUAUUAUAUAUAUAGCAAUCAUAUACUUAGAUUAUUGGUACGUAUCAUGUCAAGCAGCUUCAAUGCGGGAAAAUAGUUCAAUGAGUUACUUUUUUGGUCCUGGAUGAAAGAGUCAUAUUGAAGUGCUUAUUGCUUAGAAAUUUCUGACAUGGCUUGUUGAUAGUUUUUAUUCUGCAAUAAUAUUUUUUAAUCCAAGCUUUAUCAGUGAUACACUUAGUUGGCACUUCGAGUUUGGGACAGAAUUCAUAUCCAGUGCA